AUGCGUCCCACGCUCACCCCCCUCCUAGCCCUCGCCACCACCGUCACCGCCAUCUCCAACCAAGUCAUCCGCAACUACUGCCCCGAAGGCAAAUUCAUCACGCUCCUGCUCAACCAGACCGGCGUCGAUGGCCCGUUCCUCUUGCCAUCCGGCCAGGCCUACGAAUACGCAAUCAACGGCACCGGCAACUCCGUCACCGUCGCCAACGUCGCCGCGGACUUCGGUGCAGCGGUCCCACGCCUCGAUCUGGGCACGAGCACGAAUAACGGGAUCAUCUACUGGGCCGUGAACAACCUCACCGGCGACCCCUUUGCCGACUCUAACUUCAACGUCACCUCGAGCGGCAAGAACGAGAACGUGUGCCAGAGCUGCGUUGGGUACGACAAGCAAGUCCACGCCUGCAUCGACAACGACGUGACGUUAUUCCUCAGCUUGUGCACCAUCAACGUCGCAUGA